AUGAGCACCAACUACCUCGAAGACCUCUCCAACGAGCUCUUAGACAAUAUCUUCCAAAACAUCCCAUCACAACGCGACCUCAAUUCCCUCUCCAAGACCUCACGUGCACUCUAUCACCGCACCGUGCAAGAACUGUAUCGCUCGUGGUCGUACCAUGGAUUGCAGCAAGAAAUAAAGCCGCUGAAACAGUUUCUGGAAACGCUGAAUUGGAGACCGGAUUUGGCUGCGAAUGUGAAAGAGCUUGAUAUCAGGGAGUGGGGCGAUUGUCCGAGGCUGGAGGAUCAUGUGGGGAUGUAUUCGGAGGAGGAGUAUGAGGAGCGGGAGAGGGUGAAGGAGGUGAAGAGGAAGGAGGCGUUGAGGGGGACGAUUAGUGAUGAUGAGUUAAUUGGGGAGGAGGGGGAUGAGGAGGAUGGGAGGGAUGAGAUGUAUGAGGAGUCUGAAGGUGAGGAGAGCGAGCAUUCUGAAGCUGAGAGUGAGGGUGAUGAUUACGAGGAAGAGCUUGAGGUUGAUGAAGUGGAGACGCUGGGCCCACUGAGGCCUUUGGCGUAUGAUACGUGCUUAGGCGAUUGUAGUCAUGGUCGUGAGUUUGCGGCUAGACAAAUUGGUCGAGAUUCAGAUCUGAAAAUACUACCGGAAUGGAAAGACGCUGUCUAUCACCACUCUGAAAUUCAACGCGAAGAGAACGAGGAAGAACUUGUUACACUUGUUCUUUCCAAGCUCCCAAAUCUCAAAACUAUCUGGAUGGUCAUGCCAGAAGUCUACCUCGACUGGAGCUACAAAGAGAACCCAUUUUGUCAAUACCUCGAUAACACGUCAGCGCUCGCGUCCUCGGGAGCUUUGCAAAAACUCGAGACUCUUUAUGUCUGUAGUCCUAUGCAUCUUGGAGGCAAAGAUCAUCGUGAAUACGAGCUUGAUCUCCGACGUCUAUUGCCUUUCAUGCGACUUCCAAGUAUGCGUUCACUAUACACUUUAACCCCGGAAAUCUACUGGGACGAGCGCAAAUCACCAAUUGACUUUGCACCUCUCAAACAAACAUCAGAAAUCACUACCCUCGUGUACGACGAAGCAGUAUUGUGUCCAUCUGACGUGAUAGGGUCUCUCGGCAUAUUCAAAGCCCUGAAAUACUUUCGCUGGACUUUCUCAGAUACCUGCAGCGGUAGUGGCACAGAAGGUAUUGGGUUUCAGAAUUCAUUUGGCCAAGCUCUCGCUGCGCAUAAGGAUAGUUUAGAGGAACUGUACUUCGACGACAGAGACCGAGAAGUGCGCAAACGAGCAAUGGAGCCAGCGCCGGCUGCUGAUUUAUUCUUGAUUGGAUCUUUUAAGGAGUACCCCAAGCUGCGGUCUCUGACUAUUGAUGUCGAUUCUCUCUGUGGCCAUCAAAAACGGACAAGCGGAAUCCGAUUGAUCGACUCUUUACCUCCGAAUCUCAAUUCACUUACACUUUUUGUUAAGGUAAUUCAAACGGGUCCCGCUCAAGGCGACAAACAAACGAUCUUUGACAAUGGCCUCUGGUAUUUCAAUUUCUUGGACAUGAUCCGCAACGCAAGAAACAAACUCCCCAAGCUUCAAAAGAUCAGCAUUCAAUUGACACGAGAGCCGCAUUGGACCCUGAGAGACACCAAAUUGGAACUCGACCUCCGUCCUUUCAAAGAUGCGGUCGAAUUGUGUGCAGAAGCAAAAAUCGAAUUUGACGUUGGUAUUGCCCUAGAAGUGAGUUUCCAUCACCAGAGAGACGUUGGCCAUACAACUAUUCCUUUUUUCCUCGAGCAGAUCAAGACCCGGAUUCCAGGGAGGGAUUUCUAG